AUAAACUAAGAUAAUGCAAUUGAGUUCAUCUCUGGAAAGGAAAAAAGAUGUCAAAAUCUUCGCGUUUGGACCUUCAUGACGCCGAUUCUGAGGCUUUGGGCCUUCUUGAUUCAGCUUCAUUUCCUUCAGAACCACCUAAUAUCAGAAACUGGUUCUCGAGCUACGUGUAUGAGUCCCCGGAGUUGGAUAGCUUGAGUUGUUUUCAAGAUUUUGAUGGGGCUGGGGACACUUGUCGCAAGGAAGAAAUCACUGGGAAAUUUGGGGAUAAUCACCCUACAGUUAGCGCCAAACAGAUGAAACCUUGUGAUGAUGUCAUUGAGUCGAAUGGGUUUGAUGAUUCGGGAUGUUGUGAAUCUGGUGCCGCGGUUUCGGGAUCGUCAGAGUCCCUUUCAUUUCCUUCAGAGCCUCCUUGCAUCGGGAAUUGGUUCUCAAGUUAUGUGUACGAGUCACCACCUCUGGAUACUGCUCUUGAUUUCGCAAUUUCAGAUUGUGAAGAGAGGGAAUAUGAUAAGUUAGAUGUGGUAGAAAAGAGCGCCAGACAGAAUAUAAAGGAUUCAAUGGCCUCUACAGAUGUUAAAAAAUCAGAGUUGUGUGCACUAAACAAUACCUCGGAUGCAGUGGUGAAAGGCCCCAACAUAGGAAAGGGUACCAAACUGGACUAUCAAUCUAUGUGCAAGGAAGACGACAAUGAUGUUAUGCUUCAGGCAUUACCAUCUAUACCAAGUCUAUCUAGACCGGAUAAGGUUUCCAAACCAAUGCUGUUUGGACAAAAAGUAGGAUAUAGUAACUACCCGUCUCUUGAAAAGAUAGGAAGCACAAAUGCACAUGAUAAUGAUUAUGAUGCAGAGUUGCAUUGCAAAUUUUCUAGCAGAAAUCCAAUAUCAUUCAGUAUAGGGAAAAAUAUAUGCAGUCAGGAAGAAAUCACUGGGAAAUUUGGGAAUAAUCACCCUGCAGCUAGUUCCAAACAAGUGAAACCAUCUCAUGGGAUUGAGUCAAAUGGAUCUGAUGAUUCGGGAUGUUGUAAAUCUGCUGCCAUGGUUUCAGGAUCGUCAGAGUCCCUUUCAUUUCCUUCAGAGCCUCCUUGCAUCGGGAAUUGGUUCUCAAGUUAUGUGUACGAGUCACCACCUCUGGAUACUGCUCUUGAUUUCGCAAUUUCAGAUUGUGAAGAGAGGGAAUAUGACAAGAUAGAUGUGGUAGAAAAGAGCGCUAGUCAGAAUAUAAAGGAUUCAAUGGUCUCUAGAGAUGUUAAAAAACCAGAGUUGUGUGCACUAAACAAUACCUCGGAUGCAGUGGUGAAAGGCCCCAACAUAGGAAAAGGUACCAAACUGGACUAUCAAUCUAUGUGCAAGGAAGACGGCGAUGAUGUUAUGCUUCAGGCAUUGCCAUCUAUACCAAGUCUAUCUAGAUCGGAUAAGGUUUCCAAACCAACGCUGUUUGGACAAAAAGCAGGAUAUAGUAACUACCAGUCUCUUAAAAAGAAAGGAAGCACAAAUGCACGUGAUAACGAUUAUGAUGCAGAGUCGCAUCGCAAUUUUUCUAGCGGAAAUCCAAUAUCAUUCAGUAUCGAGAAAAACAUAGGCAGUCAGGAUGAAAGAUCAGUUCAUAGGCAAGUUAAAGGAACUGUUCACGUUAAUGAUGACCAGGGAAACAAAGUUAUCAAUAAAAUCGUAUCACCUCGAACGAUUGAUAGGGGAGGUCAAGCUGACAGAAGCACCUGGAAAGAGAAUAAGGUGACUGAACUGCAGGAACGUGGCUUCAUUUCAGUAAGGAAAAGGAAUCAUCAAGAAGACGCUGAGAAUGUGGCAAGGCUCAGAGUUAAAGUGGAGCCUUCGAUAAAUGUUGAGAAGGACGACAGCAUAGUGAGAAAGGCGUUAUCUGAGAUUUCCAACUUCCAUUCUGGGAAUAAAGUUGCUACUACAGGAAAAUGGUGUUGCCCGAAGAGGAAUAAACCGGACCUCGGUCCUCCUUUGAAGCAGCUUCGGCUAGAUCAGUGGGUUCGUCGCGUAUAAGUUGAUGUUUUCGAGUGGUACAUCUGUGCAUUGUUCAUCUCAUGAUUAUGUGUAAGACAAUCUUGCAAAAUGCAUAACAUGAUGAAACCUUCGAUUGUGUUCUGUA